AUGAAACUGAAAGGGAAUGUCACAUGCCUCAAACAUCCACAGCUGAAGCGGCACAUAGAAGCUGCCAUCAGCAUCAGUGUAGAUGCCAUCAAAGCAAGGUUUGGUGGUUUGGUGAAGAAUAAGGGGAUCCAGACCAUACUGGAUUCUUUCAGAGUGCUCAACCCUGACACAUGGCCAGAGGAACAAGCUAACCUACUUACCUCUGGAGAUGACAGCAUAGCAGACCUGGUGAAGCAUUUUGAAAAGCCUCUAACAGAAGCAGGGUGCAAAAUUGCUACAAUCCAGGAUGAAUGGCAAGGGCUCAAAAUCCUAGUGAGGCAGAACUUCAAGGACAAAACCUACUCUGGCUUAUGGGAGAUGCUGAUGACAAAGGACCCCUACAAGCAAGACUACAAAAACAUACUAGAGUUGGUGCAGAUCAUGCUGGUGCUCCCUAUUUCUGCUGCCCAGUGUGAAAGAGGUUUUUCUGCCCAAAACCGCAUCAAGAAUUCAACAAGAAGCUGCCUUGGAGUGUCCACAACAGAAGACUUGAUGCGGAUCAGUUUAGAGGGGCCUUCAUUAGAGCAAUUUGAUCCCAGUCCUGCUGUGGACCGCUGGCUAAGCUCAAAGCGGGCAAGACAUCCUGCUUACAAAAGCUGCUGGGCCCAUGAUAUCCUUUCUGUCUAAAUGGAACAAGUAGACUUUAAGAAUUUAGAACCAAGAACUACUUUAUUAC